AUGAGCACUACCGCUCCCAAUUCCUCUGCUGCACCUGCCACCCUCGCUGGUAUGGUUGCCCCUCAAGCGUCCCAUGCUCGAACAGAGUCACCCCGUCGUGCCAUUGACUGGCAGCAAGAACGCCUCGACCUCGGGCCAGAAACUCUCGCCCACCGGGCUCACACACUCGCAGCCCUCGCGGGCAGGAAUCCAUGGCUGGAACCUACCCCAAUAGGGGAGGGGGAGGGAGAAAGUGCGCUUUUCGCCUUCGGGCAAGACCUUCGGAGAGGCGUCAGCCAGACAAACAUUGCUAUGUGGAUCGUGAACAGUGAAGUGACCAUUGUGUGCCCGGUCAAGCCCUCGAUAGUGACCGCUUCGUGGGUUGGGAGGUCAUAUCUUCCAUCGACUCUCGCUGUCGCUAUGCGGCAUGCAUCUGCACCUGUCGAAAGGCAAAGUAAUAUUGGCGGACAGUCAUCACAUGUAGGACAGACGCCGAAGCCUAUGAUCUCGACGGACAGCUCACGAUAUAUCAAAACAUUUAUGCCUUUCCACAUCCAUCAACUUAUCCUGUAG